CCUUCAAGGGUACCUGUACAUAUACUUACCGUACAUUACAGCCUAUCGCGCCUUAUUUACUGCGUAUUUUCGCAGCGUGACGACAGCGAUUAAUGGGUCCCUUUAACAUUUACCAUUUGGCUGUGUAUUUGUCCUGCCUCAUUACAUAAUAAUUUUAACAAACACGAAGGCUGCUGAAACGAGAACGAAAACCUCCAAAAGCAAAUAACUGCACUUCUCAUCUUUUCCCCAUUCCCAGUUUUUUCUUGUAUUGUUUGUUUUCCAUCUUUCUUUUCCUCAGUUAGAAAGUCACCAUCGUCAAUGAAAUAGGCGACAAAACCAUCACACUAACAUUCGUUACGUCGAUUGGUUUACAUCUCCCACAUUCGUUUCGAACGUCCGUCGAGACAUCUCGCUUCGUCGCAUCGCAUUCUAUCGGGUCCAAGCCAAACUCUUAAUAUAUAGUAACUCGGUAUAUUUAAUACCGUGUUGGAGAUACGACAUUCGCCCAAGAAAAGAGCAACAAGAGGGAGUUGAGAAGAGGGGAGAACAAGAGAAGAAACCGGAAAGACGGUAUUCAGUGCGGGCCACGUUCUCUCUCUUUUCCCUUCUGCAAUUCUCAUUACGAACGCUCGGAUAGAGAAGGGGAAGAGGAAGUAAAAAAAAGAAGGGAAAAAGCGACCAUGGCCGCCAACGAAUACUACAACGAUUCUUCUCGACGCUACAACACAUAUGAGCCGUCUCUGGCCUCCGAGCCACCCUCUUACACGUCGCAACCUCAGCACCAAGAUCGGCCUAAUGCUAACACAGUAUCUCCGUUCGAGAGUGUCUUCGACGAUCAUGUCUACCCCACCAACUCGCAAUCUCACCAGACACCCGACUCCUCCUUGCACAACUUGGACAACAGCCAGCAGACUUUCGCUUAUGAUACGAGAUACCAUGGCGCCGCUCCUGGCGAUGUUUCACCCGUAGGCACAGAUGAUAUUCCUCUGCGCCACCAGAACAACAAAUCCCCUGCAGGCUUUGCUGUUGAUUCGAACGACCAUGUCUACGACACUACCGACCAGGAGGCUGGCCAUCGUGGUGCCUCUAAGCGCAACCUACUGCGUUUUGGUGAAUUGGGUAUGUUGGGGUCCGAGAAGAGGAGAAUACCGGUUAUGGUCUAUCUAUUUUCCUUGAUUCAGGUUGCCGUGUUUAUCGCCGAGCUGGUCAAGGCUGCCCAACUCACCGGCUCUCCUAUCCAGACCCAACCUUCAUUCAAUCCUAUGAUAGGUCCUUCGCAGCAAGUUCUCAUCAAUAUGGGCUCCAGAUUUGUUCCGUGUAUGAAAAAUGUCGAUGGUGUACAAAACUAUCCGUCUCCGGGCUUCGGCUGGCCUUGUCCCAACACGACGACGUCUGACCCCAACGAUGGCUCGAACCAGUGUACCCUUUCCGAACUCUGCGGCUUUGCUGGUGUCCCCAACCCCGAGUGGGACUCCGUGAACGGGCUUAAUCAGACCCCGGCACCUAAUCAGUGGUUCCGUUUCAUAACUCCCAUCUUCAUGCAUGCUGGCAUUAUCCACAUUGGUUUCAAUCUUUUGCUUCAGCUUACCAUGGGAAAGGAGAUUGAGAGAGCUAUUGGCUCUAUUCGAUUCUUUCUCGUCUACAUGAGCGCCGGCAUCUUUGGGUUCGUUAUGGGAGGCAAUUAUGCCGCCUCCGGAAUCUCGUCUACUGGAGCCUCGGGAUCUUUGUUCGGAGUCAUCGCCCUCACCCUGCUCGACCUGCUCUACUCGUGGGGCGAGAGGCGCAACCCUGGCAGGGAGCUCUUGUUUAUCGUCAUCGAGAUUCUCGUUUCCUUCGCUCUUGGUCUUCUCCCUGGCCUGGACAAUUUCUCGCAUAUCGGUGGCUUCAUCGUCGGUAUUUGUCUCGGGAUCAGUGUUCUUCAUUCCCCAAAUGCUCUCCGCCGCAAGAUUGGCGAGGACCAUUUCGGGGGACCUUCGUACUCUACUGUAGGCGGUGGUGGCAUUACCAGUGUCGCCUUUCCUGCCUUCUACAGGAACCCCGUAGGCUUCUUUAAGGGCCGAAAGCCAUUGUGGUGGGCCUGGUGGCUUGUCCGCGCCGCGUUUCUUAUACUUGUCAUUGUCGUCUUUAUCGUGCUGCUCAAGAACUUCUACUCCAACCAGAACAACUGCAGCUGGUGCAAAUAUCUCAGUUGCCUGCCCGUCAAUAACUGGUGUGAUAUCGGGAAUUUGACUAUUUCAACCUCGUCUACCACGCAAAAAAGAGGUGUCGACAUAUUUGCGCUCGAGCAGGUAGCCAACUUUUACUCGUGAAACAAGGUCCUCCUUAAUCUUGAACAUAGUCGAUGAACGUUGAUAGGCGGACUGUGGAUUUAUGAUACCCCCACACAGGCCUGAUAUUGCGUGAGAAUGUAUGGUAUUCGAAGAAUGAUGGGCUAUUUGGAGCCUGGGUUAGCGCAGCGGACUAAAAGCUCCCUUUGAGUGGAGCCUAACUGGAUGGUAGUGUGCGUUAACCAUUUGGGGCUCCGACGCGUUGCUGCGUCACUAUAAUUGAAUAUACUGAUGCGGAAUGAAAUCAACGAAUCUUAUGUACAGAAUAAUCAUGGGUGUGCUUUGCCAUAUGGUUGAGCCGUAUACUAUGUAGUUUGCAUGGGAAAUGCUACUAUUCGGCAUGUUAAGGGGCGCGGUUUUCGGUGAAGUAAAUGACUCGCUUUGCAACCUUAGAGGUAGCAUCAUCUAUCCCGGGGCUCCUAUAUAGUAUAGGAAUUGACAGUACAGCACGGA